AUGGCAGAGGACCUCCGAACUGUUGGAAAUUAUUCUUUUCACUGGACCAAAGAACACACUACUAAAGAAAAGACUGAUCCCCUUCGCUUCGAGCACGAUGAGCUGGGUGCCGCUACUGUCAACAUCAUCCAAAAGAUCCACCAGCGCAAGCAGGAAGCCCAAAAGCAACGGGGAGAACAGAUAGAACGACUCGACAUCAUCAUUGGCUUCGCGCUCCAGGGAUUUGUUGGCGAGAACUCGGCUUCAACAAGUGUAGUUGAGGUGUUGCUGAGAACAGGCGGCUUCAGUACGCGAUCGUUACGAAGGCGGCUGUUGGAGACGUUCCAGCUCGUGCUCGAGGUGACACAUUCAUUGGGUUUCAUCAAACCUGGCGGCAAAGGUCACGAGACUACAAUACGUGUGCGUUUGUUGCACUCGAUGGUCCAACAGCGUAUGCUACGUGUGGCUGAGGUCAAAGGCCCCUCUUACUAUGACACUAGCAUCCACGGCGUACCCAUGAACACGCUUGACUCGAUCCAUGCCCUCGCCACUUUCAGUUGUAACCACGCUUGGCAGCAGUUGCCGCAUAUGGGCGUCCGCCCACCUCAACAAGAGGUCGACGACUACAUUGCGCUUUGGAGAUAUGUCGGUCACGUCAUCGGCACCCCCACCGACUUCUUUGCAACGACAUCUCAGGCUAAGGCUAUCAUGGAGUCUCUGAGCUACAACGAGCUGCACAUCACGCCAUCAUCACUCGUCGUCGGACACAACUUCGUCGAGGCCCUCAAAGACCUUCCACCCGUCAACAUAUCAGCUGGCUUUAUUGAAGCUGGCAGCCGCCGCCUGAACGGGGAUGACAUCUGUGAUCAGCUGGGCAUGGGUCGCCCAGGUUGGUAUCAUUACGCUUGUUUCAAUGGUCACUGCUGGCUUGUAGUUGCCCUCGCGACUGCCCAGCACUGGAUCCCAUCAUUUGAGGCUUGGUCUAUCCAGUUCUGCCGCGAGGUCUUGCAUAACUCCAUUAUUCACUCCAAGUAUGGUCUCAAGGGCGGCUCUUUGCUCGAUUUCAAGUACGUUCCAGAUGGUCGAAUUACAGGGUGUGAGAAGAACGAUCGCCUUGACGGUGAUCAUAUGUGGUUUUACGAGCGCCCACUUGAGCUACUCUACUUUAUCGUUUUCUGUGGUGGAUGCCUCGCCAUGAUCGGCAGCGCAAGCAUCGCGGCCUGUCUUUUGCUGGGGUUUGUGCCCUAUAGUGUGGCUCUUCUAGGCAUGAAAUAA